AAAUUAAUCCAUCGCAAUUUUUACUAUAAUUAUGGGGUGUUUAAUUAGUAAUCAUUUAUGUUAACACAAUUAAUCACUCAUGUUGUUUCAUUGAUGUUUUUUCGAGUGUUUUGUAGUUUUAAGUUGAAGGUUAUGGCUGUAAAACUGUAUUCUUGCGCUUUUAUUGUGAAACGAAAUUGAACCGGAAGUAUAUAUUCUGCAAUAGCUAGCCGAGGUAGCAAUGGAUCGACCUGCAACAGCAAUGUGGAGGCCUCCCCGAGCCUGUGAUAACUACUGGGAGGAAUUCAAACACUGUAAAAGCUGGAGUAAUAAUUUUCAUCACUAUUACACCUAUGGUACCAAUCCUUCCUGCAAGCAGUGGAAAACGGACUAUAAUAACUGUAGACAGUGGGAGGAACGCAGAGACACAGAGGCUAAGGAAGCCUUGCUGAAGAGUGAGAGAGACAGAGUGGCAGAGCAGAGAAACUUCACCCCAGUGUGGGAACUGAGGAAAGAACCUCCCAGAGACUGGCACCUGCCCCUUAACCAGGAAAAGCCUCAGGACUCCUGAACUGUCACUAUCAACCUGCUGUCUCUGUCCCAUGGGUCAUGAAGAUCUGAUAUUCUUGUCACCGGACAAAAUCACUUUGAACUACGUGCUGGAGAGACUGUUCAUCACUCUCUACUAUCUCAAGCUGUGUUCAGUGAGGUUCUGUAUGGAAACAGAUGUGUCAGUAUCAGCCUCUCGUGGUCAAUUUAGAAUAUGAUAAAUGUCCAUUCAACUAGAUAAUAACUAAGCUCUGCAAAAUCAGUGCUGUUGUGAUGUAACUGUCAUUAAUUAUGAAUAUUCCAAAGCUUGUUUUAACUGAAUCACAAAGGCUGACUGCACUAACAGACCCACCAUAAAGCAAUACAAAUAAAUUGCCUUGUUUUUCAGGUUCAGAGAGUGUAAGGAAAAAAGUUGAAUUUCAGGUCUAACUAUGCUGUAGAUACAUUUACAAGAUUUAAUUUAUUCCAUCCAAGUAAAGAAUGACCUGGGUAGUGAAGCUGCACCAGAAUAUACUAACACUUUUGAUGGCUUCUUACCAGAGAGUUGGCCCUAGUAACCCUACCAACAUUUCUCAAAAGCACAGUAUUCUUUUGCUGUAAAUACUCCUCCAUUAUAUAAUGUACAAAGUGUAUGCAUUAUUGACAUAAUUCUGCUUUUCCGGUACAACCCAUAUGGAGUUGUGCAUUAGCAGUUUUCUACCAUAUGUAUUAGGUUAUGGUUUUAUCAUGAAAUGACACAAACUGCUGAAAGUUGUUCUGAACAAAUUGGAUGAAUAAAAAACAUUUUUACUUUA